AGCCGGUCAGGACGUCGUUGAAGAGAACAAUCUACAAGUGCAUGGGCAGGGUGGAAGGCUAGGUUACCGUGAGGGACCGGACGGAAUUAUGAAGCGCUCAACGAGAAGCAAGCUUGCGCCUCUGCUGAUGCUGGCAUGUGCGACGGCAGGCGUGCUGGCUGGUUCCAAGACGUUCAGUAUUAAUGAUGAUAUUCUGGCUUUUCCGCAGUUUCGAGUGGUCUACCCCGAUGAAUUUGUCCUCGAGUCCGACGCACAAGCACUGUUAGAAGCGCAAGAUUCAGCAUUUACGUCCUCAGACGAGCAAGGAGACAAGGACAAACAGGUGCGAUUGGCAAAGGCACAAAAAGGAGAGAACAGUCAUCCGUCGCCCGGUUCCCAGGAUGGGUUUGCCGGCACGUAUGAGGAGAUGAUUCUGCAGGGUCAACCAUACUUGUGUCAGAUCCCCCGGGUCGAAACAGAAACGUCUACAGCUACCGAUGAUGCCCGGAAUAAGGAAGAAGAGGAGAAAGAGCUGGCCCGCGCCACGGACCGCGGAUUGGAACUAUUGCGCGAGUUGGAGGGAAAGUGCAUGUACUACGUGUCCGGAUGGUGGUCAUACUCGUUCUGCUACAAGAACCAAGUCAAGCAGUUCCAUGCUCUUCCGUCUGGAAUGGGUGUGCCGAGCUACCCGCCUGUCGAAGACCCGACCACGCAUUCUUUUGUCCUAGGCAAAUUUGGACAUGGGGAUGACGAGGAAGAAGAAGCGACUGAAGACAGGAAGAUGAGCACGGAUGUCGCGGAACUACAAACCAAAGGGGAGUCAAGAUAUCUCGUGCAGCGGCUGGGCGGAGGUACGAAGUGCGAUUUGACGGGCAAGGAGCGCAAGAUCGAGAUCCAGUUCCACUGCCAUCCGCAGUCGACAGACCGCAUUGGGUGGAUUAAAGAGCUCACAACGUGCUCGUACUUGAUGAUCAUAUACACUCCCCGGCUCUGCCAUGAUGUCGCGUUCCUGCCACCGCAACAUGACGACGUCCACCUGAUUGAAUGCCGGGAAAUCAUUACCCCGGACGAAAUCGGUGACUGGGAAGCGGCGCGGGCUCAUCGACUGGCGCAGAAGCUUGUUGAGGCUGCCAGCGCUGAAUUCCCCCUGGUGGGAGGGAUCGAGGUAGGCGCGCAGAAAUUGGUAGGCAUGGAAGGAAAGGAGAUCCAAAAGGGACGUGUGGCGACUGCUGGGGAGGAGAGAGUGGAAGUCGUGGCUAAGAAGGAGGGCGGGGAGGUGCAACUGCUGUCCAAGGAGGAGCUGGAGAAAUUCGACCUCGACCCGGAGAAGAUCGAGCUGUUGAAGAAGCGACUUGAGGAGCUGGCAAAGGGCAAGGAUUGGAAGCUGGAGGUGAUUGAAGUGAACGGGGGUCGGGAAAUCCGUGGGAUCCUAGACCCCGAUGACGACGAAGACGAAUACGGAUCCGCAGAGGGCACAGAGAAAUCGACCGAUUCGACAAAGCAGUCCGACGAGGAUAAGAAGGGAGACGCUAGAAAGGAGCAGGAGACCGCUCAGGACGAGCAUCAGACGAAGCCGCUCAAGGAGAAAAAGACGCGGCCACCGCACCAACCUCCUCCUCCAGAGUCUACCAACGAUGAUUCCAAAGAAGGCAGCGAGGAGACCUUCAAGGAAGAAUUGUAAUUUUGAUGGAUAUACGGAGUAUUGCCUUAGUGAUUUGCUCUACGGAGCCGUGGUCAUCUUUUUCAAGCGUAUCCAGUUUCAGGUGUA